CACCAAACUGACCGAAUUCCGCACACGGCUCGUGGCACUUUUCUGUUCGUCUCCACAGGCUCAGUAGCCGCUCAGUCUCGUUUCGUAUGGGACUGAGGCAAAGACACUGAGAGUCACAAAAGAACCUCUCAAAUGCAGGAGGCUGAAGAAAUGCUGAAUGCAGCCGAAGCAGAGAUAGAGAAGACGCGCGAGGCCGGUGCUCCACUAUCGGCUGAGGAUUUGAGCUCCAUCACCCAGGAGAUCGGCACAGAGAUCUGUGAGAAGAUUGCCGCACUUGAAAAGGGAGCCAGCAAAAAAGUGAGCGACGCCCUCAACUUCCUUGCAGAAAGGCGAAAGGAUGUCAGAGGAACACCGCAAGAAAAGGAGCUGGAACAGUUUCAGGCUCGUCUUGGCAAGAUCAAGGCGAGCCUUGCGGAGGCCAAAAAGACCGCCUCGCAGCAAGAGCAGCGCUUUGUGUCGCGGAAGCUGCAAGCCGAGGGGUUGGAACUCGUGAAUGAGGUGGAGCGAGAGGUGAAGAAGGUUGAGGUCGCCGCAGAGCCUUUGCUUGCGAGUUCUAGUUUCUUGGUCCGUGGGAACCUGCACCGCCUCAGUGGUUUGGUUCAGGACCAUAUUAGCAAAGGCUCUUCGAAAGACUCGGUUUUCCAGCAGGCAUGUGGUGAACGAGAACGUGUCACACUCGAAGGCUUCCAGGCCUUUGUCACUUGGAUAUUGGAGCAGAGCGGCGAGGACAGCCGGGACGUGUUCCUGCAGCAAGAAGUGGAGGCGAUGUUCACACAUCUCGAUUCGGACAAGAGCGGUGACCUUACUGAGAAAAAGUUCCAGGACAUCUUCUUGGACCAGUUCGCUUGUGUGCAACCGGUGUCCAUGACCGAAAGUUUCUCCAUUUCGGAGGGCAAAAGCGUCCUCAAAUUGGAUCUGGGAGUUGCUGUGGAGGCUUUGAGCAGGCCGCAGUAUGACGAGCAACAGAAGCUCACACGGCUUCAUUGUCGGCUGUUGGAAGAUUCCACGAAAGAGGGCUGGGUGACGAUGAAAGGGAAUCAAGGCAAAGUCUUCUUGGAUCGGCUCUCACCGCAUAGUGCACAUCAAAAGUCCUUGGAUAGGAUGAUGUCUGCUUCUACAAAGGUCGUCAACAAGGCCUCAUCCUUUUUGAGCGCGAGAAGAAAAGAAUUGAACGACUGCAGCAAUGGGCCAUUGUUAGAGGCGAAAGUGAAGAUGGAAGAAUUUAAAGUCAAGGCUUCGUCACUACAGCGAAAGCUGGACGAGAUUAAGAAGAAAGUUGCAGAAGCUGCGAAAGAGUACGAAAAGUGUGAAGCACAGCAAAAACGAGCACGCAGCGAUGCACGCGACAAGCGGCUUCUGGAUGCCAUGACCAAGGCGAUUGAACAAGAGCUACAUACUCUCAAAGCUGAAGAGAAGCGAAUUGCCGAGGUGGUGGCUCCACUGACCAAUGGAGCAGACCUGGAGGUUCUGGACGCACCAGUCUCCAUCCUGAAGGAUGGCAAAGAGAUGGCUGAAAAGCUCAAGGAACAAUCAGCUGCUGCAAGGAAGUCUAUUCAGCAGCAUGAAGUCCCUCAAGGCGUGGCUGCAGGAACUGCCACGUCUAUGCGCCAAGUCAUCAGCACAUCCCUUUCAGAGGUGGACACCGUGAUCAAGACGGUGAACGCUUUGGUAAAGGCGGUGAAUAGCUCAGCCGUGAAGGUAGCCGAGGCCAUCCAGAGAAGGGUGCAGCUGGCCUUGAGACAGGAAGUCCAGAGAAGAGACAUUCGCAUCGAAGUGAUUUUUGACGAAAUUUCAAAUGGCGGACACACUGCGUCUCGGUCGGACCUCUCCAGGUGCCUCAAUAACCUUCCCGAUUUGAAGCUAACGACCGAGCAGAUCUCACUGAUGUUGGAUCGCAUCAUUGGCGACAACUCUGAGGAUGGUGUCAUCUCGCGAUGGAACUUCUUGCGCCGCUUCCAGCAAUUCUAUGAAUGCCAGAAGACCAUCGCUCUCACGCAUGACCUUGCCAUCACGAACAGCAAGCCGAUUCGUAUGCUGAAUGCCGAGGAGGCCAUCGAGGUGCUGGAAGGUCCUCGAGGAGAUGAAAAGUCAGGCAUCGAGCGAAUCCGUGGUCGUGCUGUGCGGGACAACACCAUUGGAUGGGUCAGCGUCAGUGGAAACCAGGGCUCCGUGUUUCUGAAGGAGAGGCCCAAGCCUUUUGUUCAUUGCUUGGUGGAUCUUCCACUGGAGAAGAGCUUUCGGUCCUCAGGUGAAGCACCAGUGAGGUCCCUUAAGACCAAUGAAGUCCUCGAGAUCCUUGAAGGGCCUCGGCAGGACAGUCGAGAUGCUGUGAUGCGUGUGCGAUGCAAAGUCUUCACGGAUCAGCUGGAGGGCUGGGUGACCUUGAACUCUGCCGGAGAAAUGCAAGCGCAGACCGGACAACAGAGGUUUUGGAAAUGCAAGACCGGAGUCGCAGUCACAGACGGCCCGAACAUCAAGCUCUGCAAGGUCUUGAGAAAGAUGGAAGUGGGCGAAUUGAUCCGACUUCUUGAAGGGCCAGAGGUUGACAAGGAAUCUGGUGUGACUCGCAUCAAGGCGCUGUGCCUCAAGGACGGCUUGGAAGGGUGGGUCACAACCCUUGGAAAUGCUGGGACGCUGUACGCAGAGGAGAAAAGCGACAUCUACAGCGUUUCUUGCGAUGAAUUACCACUUCAAAAGGCCUAUGGGGACUUAAGUUCGGGCACCAUCCGAAUGCUCCGGAAAGACGAAGCCUUUGAGGUGCUGGAAGGUCCAAAAGAAUUUAGGCCUGAACCGGUGGAAAGAAUGAAGGGCCGUGCUUUGGCAGAUGGUGCUGUUGGCUGGGUCACAGCUACAACCAAAAGGCUAAAGCGCUGGUAUCCCAACUACAUUUGCAAGCAGAACACUGUCCUGCAAACCACUGUAUCGAUUGGCCCAACGGCCGGUUUGGUGCGUCGAGUGGAAGAGGGUGAGCUGCUGGAGGUGUUGGAUGGUCCGAAAGAGGACUCAGAAGCUGGAGUUCUCAGAGUAAAAGUCAAAACUCGCAAAGAUCAGGCCGUAGGUUGGAUCACCUUGAAAGGAAAUCAAGGAACACUCUUCCUCAUACAGUGGAGCAGAAGAGACGAAGAACAACUUAAGCAGAAACAGAAAUCACUCCAAGAAGGACUUGGUGCGGCCAAGGAAAAGGAGUGAUACUCCAUGGUGUGAAACAGGCCAGUGGCGUUGAGCUUCAAUGACGGGUCUUGAGGUGCCGAGAGAAGACGCGUUUGUGACGCCGGGGUUAACACUGGCCGGAUCUUGGGACGAAGUUUCUCUGGCC